AUGGUGGUAUUGCGCAACACAUUAAAAAUCAAAUUGCCAAGAAUAAACAUGUCGUCUAGCAUUAUUAGUGUUCCAACCACCCAAAAAGUUGUUCUGAUCGAUGGUAUCGGUGGUUUAGACAAUAUCAAAUACGUAGAUUUUCCGGUACCAAAGAUUGGUGGAAACGAAAUUCUUAUAAAGAAUAGAUACGUUGGUAUCAAUUUUAUCGAAUCAUAUUUCAGAAAGGGUAUUUAUCCUUGUGAGCUGCCUUACGUUUUGGGAAGGGAAGCUACAGGAUCUGUUGUAGCAAAAGGGGAUAACGUUACCAAGUUCGAGAUCGGUGAUAAGGUUGCGUACUUUUCAGGCUCAACAUUCGCUCAGUACACGAAAGUCUUGGACUCUGGCGUGAUUCUGAAAUUGCCAAAGGAAGUGUCCGAUGACAAAAUGAAAAUUGUAAGUGCUGCUCUUUUGCAGGGCUUUACGGCUCUAACACUUAGUGAAGAUGCUUAUAAAGUCCAAAAGGGCGACACAAUUCUUGUCUAUGCUGCUGCCGGUGGUGUUGGUUUGAUACUUCUUCAAUUGUUGAAGAGAAAGGGUGCACAUUCAAUAGCUGUUGUCUCCACUGAUGAGAAAGCUGCUUUAGCUCGUAAAAACGGUGCAGAGUUCACUGUUAACUCUUCAAAGGAAGAUAUCGAAACAGCAGUGAGAAAAAUCACCAAUGGAGAAGGUGUUGAGGCUGCGUUCGAUUCUAUUGGCAGAGACACUUUUGAUACUACAUUGGCUUUACUUAAGAGAAAAGGUACUUUUGUUUCGUAUGGUAACGCUUCCGGUGUAGUUCCUCCAUUAUCGAUUACUCGUUUAACCCCUAAAAACAUCAAGCUUGUGAGACCUCAAGUUUUUGGUUAUAUAAGUGACGCCAAGGACUUAAAACAUUAUUCAGAUGAGUUUUUCAAGCUGAUCGACUCUGGUGAGUUGAACAUCUUGAUCCACAAAGUAUAUUCUCUUCAAGACUAUAAAGAAGCUACAAAGGAAUUGGAAGGUAGGAAAACCGUUGGAAAAUUAUUGUUAGAGAUAUCUUAA